GUAUUUCUCCAUUCCCAGUAGAGACACAAUAGAUUCCUCCUCUCUCCCUCUCUCUCUCUAACACCAAAAUCCCAUGUAUAAAAAGCUACUAGUUGAGUUCGUGUGUACUGUGGAGAGAGAGAGAGAGAGAGAAAAGAUUAAAAUCCUUAAACACUGUGAUCUUAUAAAUUCGUCCAAAAACCCUAUAUCCUACACCCAUGGCUGCAGAGACCUCAAACUCCGACUCUUCAUCAAAUCUCAGAAUUACUGUCCAAAAUAACCCUUCAGACUCCCAACUCUCUCAACUUGGUAUCAAAUCUUGGCCCAAAUGGGGUUGUUCUCCCGGGAAGUACCAGCUGAAAUUCGAUUCAGAGAUGACGUGCUAUCUCCUGAGAGGAAAAGUGAAAGUUUACCCUAAAGGGUCUUCUCCUUCUACGGCGGCCGUGGCGGAGUUCGGCGCCGGCGAUCUGGUGGUGAUACCGAAGGGACUGAGUUGCACUUGGGACGUGUCGGUCGCCGUCGAUAAACACUACAAAUUCGACUCCUCCUCACCUCCACCUCCUUAAUGAUCCUCCUAGUUAAUCUCUUUUUUCUUUUUUGGGUUUUUUUUCCUAAUUAUUCUUGUUGGUACAUUUAGGUAGAGAACUAUACCUUUUUAUUUAGAUAUCCAUGUUUUUUUGUUUUUUUUUUUGAUGUUUAUAAACAUGUUUGGGUUGUUUAGAUGUUGGGUGGAAGAACUGAAUGGUGAGUUUAUAUUAUCAAAAGUUUGUUGGUCAAAGAAA